GUUCGUCCAUAUAUCAGCAGCGCUUAUGUACAACUCCUAAUAUUGCUUUCAACCACAUUUUGCUCUCUGCUCUGCUCUUCUCUUUGCAAUUUCACCUUCCUUCAUUUGCUUUUUCACCUUUCAAAGAACAAAACAUGGCCCAAUUAGUGGGAGGAGCGCUUCUCUCUGCCUUCCUUCAAGUAUUAUUUGAUAGGAUGGCAUCCCGCCAGUUUGUUGAUUUCCUCAGGGGACGAAAACCAAGUGCUGAACUCUUGUACAGGUUGAAGAAUGUAUUGCUAUCUGUGGGAGCGGUGCUCGAAGAUGCCGAGGACAAACAAAGAGUUACCAAUUCUAGUGUGAAAACGUGGCUUGAUGAGCUUAAGGAUGCUGUCUAUGAUGCAGAGGACGUCUUGGAUGAGAUUGCUUCAAAAGCCUUACAAUCCAAAUUAGAUGCGGAAUUUGGACCCAAUAUUGCAAGUAAGGUACGAGACUCCAUCCAAACUUCUCUUUUUUUUAAGAAAAUAGAAGUAAGGAUAAAAGGGAUACUUGGGAGAAUAGAAAAUCUAGCAAGUCAACAGUAUCUCAUGGGUCUAGUACAAGCUAGUACCGUCGGAAGGAAACCAUCUGAAAGAUUGCCCACUACUUCUUUGGUAGAAGACUCAGAAAUUUGUGGUAGAAAUGAUGAUAAGGAGAAAAUAAUUAAUAUGUUACUUCCAGAUGAUGCUCGUGACAAUAAGAUUGGUGUGAUUGCCAUAGUCGGCAUGGGGGGACUGGGCAAGACCACCCUUGCUCAGCUUGUAUACAAUGAAAAAAAGGUCCAAAAGCAUUUUGACCUCGUAGCAUGGAUUUGUGUUUCGGAGGAAUUUGAAAUGUUUAAAGUAAUGAAAACAAUUCUGGAAGCAGUAACUUCUUCGACCACUGAUAUUCAAGAUCUAAAUCGGCUUCAACUUCAAGUAAAUGAGAGAUUGAUGAAAAAGAAAUUCCUAUUGGUCUUGGAUGAUGUUUGGAAUAGGAAUUAUGCUGAUUGGGAGAUAUUAAGCAAUGCCUUUAAAUCUGGAGCAAAAGGAAGUAGGAUCAUCGUAACAACACGCGAUCUUGGUGUUGCAUCAGUCAUGCGUGCUUUUGCAACCCAUCAUCUAAAGAAGUUACAAGAGGAGGAUUGUUGGCAACUAUUUGCAAGACAUGCAUUUCAUGAUGCUAAUUCCAAUAUGAAUUCAAAGUUUGAAGCGUUAGGUCGACAAAUUGUUGAGAAAUGUAAAGGUCUGCCUUUAGCAAUAAAGCUAACUGGGGCCCUCUUGCGAGACAAAGUUGAUGUUAGUGAAUGGGAUACGGUUUUGAAUAGUGAGAUAUGGAGUCCUUCGUCAAAUCAAGAGAUACAAAUUCUUCCUGCUCUAAGAUUAAGCUAUAAACAUCUUCCCUCAUAUAUAAAACGGUGCUUUGCUUACUGUUCAGUAUUUCCAAAAGACUAUUCCUUCAAGAAGGAUCAAUUAGUUUUAUUAUGGAUGGCAGAAGGUCUUCUCGGCGAAAUUGAAAACAAAACAAUGGAAGAAGUUGGUAAUGAUUAUUUUGUCACUCUUGUAUCAAGAUCAUUAUUUCAAAAGUCGAGUGAAGAUGAAACCAGCUUUGAGAUGCAUGAUCUCAUCAAUGACUUGGCAAAAUUUGUGUCUGGUGAAUUUACAUUUAGGUUGAAGGUUGAUAGCCGAUCUCAACGAAAAGUUGACAAGACUCGUCAUGUGUCGUAUGCUAUAGAGUUUUAUGAAAACUUUAAAAAGUUCGAAGCUCUUCAAGAAGCUACGCAAUUGCGUACAUUUUUGGCAUUCAAAUCGUCAACAUAUUGUUGUUACUCAACUAAAAAGUUGUUGCGUGAUUUAUUGCCAAUGUUAAGUUGUUUACGGGUGCUUUCCAUAUCUAACUACCGGAGGAUGUACGAGUUGCCAGAAUCAAUUGGAAAAAUUACACAGUUACGUUAUUUGGACAUUUCUUCAACGGCAAUUAGAAGGUUGCCUGAUUCUUUAUGUAAGUUGUAUAAUUUGCAAACAUUGAAGUUAUCUAAUUGUCACGAUCUUGAAACAUUGCCAAGAGACAUGCACAAACUCGUUAAUUUACGUCAUCUUGAUUUGACUGGAACUCCCAAGAUAAUGGAGAUGCCGAUACAUAUGGGCAAACUAAAAUGUCUCCAGACUUUAACCAAGUUCGUCGUUAGCAAACACACUGGGUGUAGUAGCAUUAGAGAAUUGGGAAAGCUUGCAAAUCUUCGAGGAGCACUUUCUAUCUUGCAUCUUGAAAAUGUUGAAUCUUUCACCGAUGCACAGGGUGCACACUUGAGGAAUAAAAUGGACCUUAAAGAGUUGGAAUUAAAAUGGAAAGAAGGUUCAAUGACUGAGAUUUCAGAAAGUCAAAGAGGUGUACUCAACGAUCUACAACCACAUACAAACCUGACAAGUCUCACUAUAAAUGGCUACAUGGGUGAAAGUUUUCCAAAUUGGGUAGGGGAUCAUUCAUUCCCUUAUGUAACGUCUAUUCAUUUGGGAAACUGUAAAUAUUGUUGCAGCUUACCCGCACUUGGGCAGCUACCCUCUUUACAAAACCUCUCUAUUGUUAGUUUUGAUGGAAUUGUAGCAGUGGGUGAAGAGUUUUACGGAAGUACUGGUUCUUCUUCUAUUAAGCCGUUUGGGGCAUUGAAAGUUUUAAAAUUUGAGCAGAUGUUGAAUUGGGAAAAAUGGUCUUCGUUUGGUGAUGAAAAUGAAGGAGGAGCUUUCCAUCGUCUCGAGAAGCUUUAUAUUAAGGGAUGCUCAAAGCUAACGGGAGAUCUGCCCAUUCACCUUCCUUCUUUGAGUAUCCUUGAGAUUAGAGAUUGUCCGAAGAUGCUGGCUUCACUCCCAAGGGCUCCGGCUAUAUGUGAAUUGAAGCUGACAAAUUGUAAUGAGGAUAUAUUAAGGGAACUGCCAAUUCAUGUCAAGGAGACGCUCACAAUUGAAGGAUUUGAUGCAGUGGAUAUGGGUGGUCUACCCUCUACAUUUAAAACUCUUGAAAUUCGGAAUUGCAAGAAGUUAGGGCUCCCAAUAAACUUGGACCAUUCCUGCCUUGAAGUUUUGGCAUUGUUCGAUUGUGAUUCUCUCCGGUCCUUUCCAAUGGAUUUAUUCCCAAAUGUAAAGGAUCUGAAAAUCAAAAAUUGUACGAAUCUAGAAUCUCUUACAGUUGCAGAACAACAUCAACAUGAUUUAGUGGCCUUGUCGUCUCUAAAAAUCAACAAAUGUCCUAAUUUUGUGUCAUUUCCGAGAGGAGGAUUGCACGCCACCAACCUUGGAAACUUACGGAUCAAGGAUUGUGAGAGUUUGAGAUCGCUACCUGACAAGAUGCACAUGCUCCUUCCAUCUCUUACUCAAUUUUCUAUAGGAAAUUGUAAAAAUAUUGAGACGCUUCCAGAAGGGGGCCUGCCUUCCAGUCUGAAUUCAUUAAUGAUUUGGGAAUGUCAGAAACUCAUUGAGAGUCGGAUGGGGUGGAGUUUGCAAAAUCUUGACUCUCUUACAUAUUUGGAUAUUAAAGGCGGAUAUGUGGUGUCUUUUCCAGAGAAGGGGUUGCUUCCCACAAAUCUGAAGAGACUUUGGAUUGUCGAUUUCCCAAAUAUUGCGUCGUUCGACAAGAAUGGAUUUGACAACCUCACCUCUCUUGAACGUUUAUAUAUCUCUGUCUGUCCAAAGCUGGAGUGCAAGUUAGAAGAGGGGCUUCAACACCUCACCUCUCUUGAACGUUUAUAUAUCUCUGUCUGUCCAAAGCUGGAGUGCAAGUUAGAAGAGGGGCUUCAACACCUCACUUCCCUUUCCGUUCUAGAUAUCUGUAAAUGUCCUUUAUUAAUGAAGAGAAGGUGGUUGAAAAGAAGAAAAGGAAAAGAAUGGCGGCGCAAGCUUGCUCACAUCCCCUACAAAAUAGUUGACGGAGAAUUGAUUGGGUCAUGAGCCAACCAAGAGUCAAUGAUCAAAACAUGGUGGAGCUGGUGUUAAUUUAGAGAUCGGAGGCAAAACCAUUAUGUUGAUCGGAAGUCUGUUAGUGAGUAUCAAAUCUGUUAUUUAAUUUUGAAUAUAAAAAACAUUGUGGAUGACUGUAAAAGCGAGUGACUACCUUGCUCUGUUUUUGUUUUUCAUGGUUGGUCUCUAUGUGACACUUUUUUCCACCUGUUAAUUUGCAGACACAUGACAUGAUCAAUGCGGGCAGGCAAGAGUAAAUUGGCAUUGAAAUCAAGAAAAAUGACUGUUCAUCUGUACUGAAGUUUUGUGUUGUCAAAUUGUAACACGUUAGAAGCUAAGAAGAGUUGAGAUGAGAAGCUGAAAUAUUAGCAAAUCACAAGUAGAAUUGGAACAUUCUGUGAGGCAAUAUUGUUUUGGAAUGCUAGAUAACUUUCAGGAUACAACGACGUUUGGCUUUAUGUUGAAACUAUUUGUGUGCAA